AUGGCCUCUUAUAAACUGAGCUUGUUUCUCCUGGCGCUUAUCAAUUGCUUGCUCUUUCUUUCUCAUCCAGCGUCUUGUAAUGAAGAAGAAGACAAAAUUUUCCAAGGACUUAACAGCUUCAAGCAAUCACUAAAGAAGAACAGCAAUGCAGAAUGUCUAGCUGAUGAAAUUGCAGAUGAGCUAGAAGACCAGCCAUGUUCCAGUGCAGACGACUACGCCAUAGAGCCAGGCAAUGGCCCAAAAUUCCCAAAAUUCAACAAGCUCAUCAAGAAGUGCCACAUAGACAUCAACACCACCACAGAUGGUAUCAUCUUGCCCGUUUGUGUGCCCAACUGGGACCCAGAUCUUGUGAUAAAAAACUACACUCACACCCAAUAUGCCAAAUAUCUGAAUGGUUCUAAGUACACAGGAGCUGGGGUUGGCACUGAGGAUGAUUGGGUGGUGGUUGUGUUGAGCACUGACACAGAAAGUGGAAGCUUUUCUGGUGCUCCUUCUUUGGCUGCAAUUGGCAUGGUUCAUUACAUGAUGGCCAUGUUGCUGGGGUUGUUCUUGAUUUUGCUCUGCUGA